AGGAGAUACUACGCCCAUCUGUAACCAGCAGCAAAUUGAUCGACUUAGAAGUUUCGAGUUUCAUUUGAAAGUAUCAAAUUACAAAAUGCUCACUCCAUGCCUGCUGCUAGUCACAGUCGCCAGUUUGGGCCUCGGGACGCAGGCCAUACGGGUGGACUGGGGCACAAACACGGGCCCGAUAGCGCCGCCGCCGCCACGAACGACGCCACAGCCGCCGCAGAAGCCGUACCGCGAGCCGGCGCCUGUCUGGGAGGAUCAAAGCAAUGACAUACCCAAUCCCAAUCCCUAUGUGUACGUGCUGCCGCCGCCAUCCCGUCCGCGCACCUGGGCCAUACCCGCCGGACCCUAUGCCCCGCCCAGCUACAACAGUCAGCCGCCCAGGGUCAACUCCAUCAACUAUGGACAGCUGGCCAGCUCCGUGUACAGUGCCGGAGUCACAUCGGUGCCGGGCUUGGCGGCACAAUAUGUGCCCGGCGUGGGCAUCAAGUAUACGGCCAUCGUGCUGCCCGACAAGCUGCAGGGCAAGUACAACGCAAAGACCAAGAAGUACAAGGCCUACGAGAAGGCUGGCAAACAUGCGUCGUAUCCCUGGAACUAUUUGCAGCAGCUGCCAGUGGAGGAGAAGGCCUUGGAGUGGCAGGUGCAGCUCGAGCAGCAGCUCGAAGAGGAGGCAGCACGGGCCCAGCAGAAGCAGGCUCUGCCUGCCAGUUCCUCAACGACAUCCACAACAUCCACCACAACGACCACAUCUACCAGUACCACAACGGCAGCUCCAGUAGCUUCCAGUCCCAGCCCAACAGCUGCCCCAUCAGAGGCAGACACAGACCCCAGCUCGACAUCGACAAUACAGCCCACAACAAUUGCCAAUUACAAGGUGGCACACGAGAAGAGCGCCCACCUGAAGAAGCUCAACAAGCAGAAGCGACUCCAGCAGCUGCACCUCGAGUUGGAGCAGCAGAAGGAGAAGCUGGCCAAGAAGCAGCAGCAGGAGCUGCAAAACUUGUUACAGACCAGCUGAGCUGAGCAGCGCGGUGCGGUGCCAGUGCAGAAUACAAAAAUAAAAGUGAAAUAAAUAAUACACACACAC